AUGUUCUUUUCGACCACCCUACUCGUGGCUUUCGCCGCCAGUGCCUCCGCGCACAUGAGGAUGAACAACCCCAAGCCCUUUGGCUUCUCGAGUCUCACCAGUUCACCAUUGGAGCCAGCCGACUUCCCAUGCAAGCAGCGACCAGGCGUUUACGAUGUCACAGAGAUGAACCAGUGGAACGCCGGCGAGACUCAAGUUAUUGACUUCCUUGGCUCCGCUGUCCACGGUGGUGGAUCAUGCCAAUUCUCCAUCACCACCGACCAGCAGCCAUCCGAAUCCUCCCAAUGGAAAGUCAUUCACAGUGUCGUUGGUGGCUGCCCAUCGAACGCGUCCGCUAAUCUCCCGAACGAGAACCCAGACGGUACCGAGGCUGCGACCUUCCCCGUUAAGAUGCCCGACAACAUCCCCGACGGCCAAUACACCUUCGCCUGGACAUGGCUUAACAAGAUUGGUAACCGUGAGUUCUACAUGAACUGCGCUCCUAUCCAAGUUGGAAGCGGCACUGGCAAGGCGUCUGCCGCAAGUGCAUCUGAGGCUCUCUCGUCUCUACCGGACAUGUUCGUCGCCAAUCUACCCUCCACUUCCUGCAGCACCGCCGAAAACGAAGACUUCAACUACCCCAACCCUGGUGAAAGCCUCACGGAAGGAAACGGUGCCCACCUUGGAGACACGCUCAACGGUGCCGGAUGCGACCAGAUGACUAAGAUGGGUGCUGGCAACGGGCAGAUUGGAACACCCACACAGCCCGAGGCUUCCCAACCCGCCUCCAGUGAGGCUCCUGCCGCUACUUCAGGUUACGCUGCGCCGCCGCCACCUAACGGUGGUGUCUUCGCUCCUGGUGCUUCUUCCGCUCCAGCUGCUGAGCCCACUCCUGCUGAGCCCACCGCCCCUGUCGCUUCACCUACUUCCACCUAUGUUGCUGAGCAGCCUAGCAGCGCUCCCGAGCAGCCAGCUUACAGCGCCCCCCCUCAAGCGCCCGAUAACAGCACCCCCAGCGCUCCUUCAAGCGGCAGUGACUGCACUCCCUGUGACAACGAUGGUGCUGUUGUAUGUAUCGGAUCCAACAUGUUCGGUCUUUGCAACCGCGGAUGCGCUGUUGCUCAGCCUCUCGCCAACGGCAUGUCCUGCUCUGGUGGUGCUGUCGUUGCUUCCGUCAAGCGAUCCGCCAAGUUCCCUCGCGCCCACCUCCACCGCCGCCACGGCUCGUCCCUCUUCAUCUAA